UCUCCUCCGCCCAUGAGCCCGCUGUCCGCGGCCACCACUCUCUCGUCUAUAGCGUCAGAGCCUGCCGCCCUCGAAGCAAGCCUGGGCAUGCGUGGUCUUCCUGCCUUGGCGCCAGCAAACACACGUAUUGCGGAAUACUGGCAAGACUGCGGUGCAGAAUGGAGCAAUUGUCGAGGGUUAGCGCUCAGGGAGGGCAUGCGGGGUGUUGACCAGCUGUGGUCGAAUCGUGCGUCCAACGCCUGGCGGACCGCAAGCGCUGUCGACGGCCGAUCCAGGAAAGUAUUGCCCUCCCCCGUGCUCCAUUCUACCGACACCCAGCACCCCUUUCCUCUCGUUCCAACGUCUGUCUUUUCUGUUGCUGCGCCUCGACACCAUGACAUCCCCUAUUCGUCCAACUCCGCCUUCCUCGCUCAGUCCCGCAAACGCAGGAUAUCCGCCGCCGGAACAGGCCCAUCACGCAAGACACAUCGCGUCGCACACUUCGAAGUGCUCUGCUGCUCUCACAUAUCAGCGCAGCGACUCCGCCUUGUCAAGGCCACAUCUCGAGCUCCACUUUUCGCGCUGUGUAGUGACAGUGUAGGGGGCCUGUACUAG